AUGAAGAUCAUAGAAGAACUAAACAUAACGUUUUUAAACUGUUGUAAAAAUGUAGAAAAGAAGAAAAUUAAAAAUAUUAAAAGUAUUUUAAAUAAAAAUAAUAAAAAAAAAGAGAAAGAGUUAGAAAAGUUAUUUGAGUUUUUAUCAAAUUUAUUGAACAAAGAUUUAGAGAAAGAUGUUUUGAAAAUAAAAAUAUUAUCAUUAAAAGAAGAGGAAAAAGAGCGCCUAUUUAAUAACUUGAGAAGAAUAUUUAGAACGUUUGUCUUGUUUAAAAAUGAAAAUGAAUACAUAGAAAUGUUGUGUGAUUUUCUAUUUUAUUUAUUCAAGUAUAUGAGAAAACUUAAUGUAAAAAAAACUUACAAAUUAAUAAGGAAAGUUACGAAAGAAGGUAAAGAAGAUACAGAUAAUUUUAUAGAAAAAAAUAAAACAAAAGAGGAUAAAAAAGUAGAAAAAUUACAUGAUGAAAAAAAUAUUAAACAUAUAAAAGAUACAGGGGAAAAUAUUGAGAAGGAGAAAAACAAUGAUAAUAAUAUGAUUGAUAAAAGGAAUAACGAAACUAUUAUUGAUUCUUGCUUAAAUAGAUAUAAUAAAUUAAUUUUUAACUUUUUAUUAAAUAGUAAUAUAUUAAUAUAUUUAGAAAAAUUAAAAAAGGAAGACAGCAAAAAUUUAUUAUGUGAUGAACAUUAUUUCUUUAUGAAAUUAACAAAAACUAUGUUUAAUAAAAAGUAUAUUUUAGAAUUAAGUAAUUCUAUUUGUUUUAUUAUAUUAAAAUAUCCCAAAUUCCCCUUAUUUAUUGAUUCAUUAUUUAAUUUAUUUUUUUUUGUUCGAAAUAAAUUAAUCAUAUUUUUUAUUAAAAAUAUUUACAAAAAGAUAUCAGAUAUAAUUAUUUUAAAAAAUAAUGAAAUUAAUAAAAAAUUUACUAUAAAAAAAUAUUAUAACCUUAUAUUCUGUGUUUAUUUCUUAUACAAAAUAAAAAUUAUUAUUUAUUUAUAUUUGAACUCAGAUAAAUGUAACAUAUUAAAUGAUUAUAUUGAACAUAAAACUAUUGUUGACUUUUAUAUAAAAAUUAUGAGGGAUUAUAAAAAUAGUAUUUAUUACUGUUUUUAUACAAUAAAUAACAGGAAAAAUAAUAAAAAGAAUUCUCAGAACUUAUGUUUGGUUGUUAUUUAUUUAAUUAACUUAAUAUAUACUAGUCAUAAUGAUAUACUUAAAAUAUUUGAUAAUAAUACAAACAAGUGUGUAUAUUUUAAGAAAUAUAAGGAUAUUUUUUAUCAGUACCAUAAAAUGCUAGAUAACUUAUUUAAAAACAAUCAAUAUAAUAGUUUUAUUCAAACGAAAAUGAAAAGUGUUUUCUUAAAUAAUAUAUCCACAAAAAAUAAUAAUAAUUCAAUAAAUAAAAAAAAAAGUAUAUUAAAUAAAAAUUUUGAUCCUAACAAAACAUUCAAUAAAAAUAAAAUAUUAAGUAAUAAUGAUCAUAAAUUCUAUGACCCAAGUAAAUAUAUAAAAAAUUAUUUAUUAAAUAAAAUAAUUGAUGAAGAUGAUUAUUCGUUUUGUUUUAUCAUUUCUUUUAUAUAUACUCUAAUAUAUAGAAGUAUAAGACUAUAUGAUUAUAGACCCCUUUUAAGUGAAGCAAUUUUUUAUAAAAAAUUGUAUUUUGAUGAAAUAUAUUCAGCAAAUCAUGAAGUUUUAAAUAAUCAAAACAUUACUUCAAAAAUCCAACCAUUUGAUUAUUCUAAAAUUCUAUACAACAAUUUCUUUUUAAAUCUUGUAAAAAAUAAUUUUUAUUUUUUUAUAAACAUAGAUAAAAACAUUCUUAAUUAUUUUUUUAUUAAUGAAUUUCAGAAAUUUAUGAUGAACAAAAACUUAAAUUAUAAAAAUUUAUAUUAUAUAUUAGGAUAUAAAAUAAAUGAUAAAUAUCACGAAAUAAAUAUUUUAUUAUUGUUUCAGAAAAUUAUUUUAAGAAAUAUUUUAAAAUAUAGAUUGCGUAUAGAAGAAGACUUAAGGAAUGAUCAAAACGAAAAGGACGAUGAUAUAAAAGAAAAAGAGUAUAGUAAAAACAAUAUUACUUAUUUUUUUAAUAAAGAUUAUAAAAAAUUAAAAAUGCUAAACAUAAACGAGUUUAAUAUUAGUAAUAAAGAAAUAUAUGAUUUAAUUAAAAAAAAAUCAGAAAAUGCUUUUAUUGUUCUUAAUAAUAUAAGUUUUUUGGAUUUAAAUAACUCCAUUAAAAAUUUUUUUUUUGAUAAAAAUAUAAUCAAUUUACUUUUAUAUCAACUAACAAAAGAAGGUUUUACGGUCUUAAAAUUUUUACAUGCUUCUAAAUCAAGAAAAAAAGAGGAAAUAAAUAUAUAUAUUAAGAAUCUUAAUUUCUUAGUAAUUAUAUUAAAAUCUAUUUCUAAUUUGAUAAAUUCUUUUCUUUCAAUUAUAAGAAUAGUUGAAUCAAAAAAAAAAUGUAUGUUGAUUUAUAAUGAUAAUAAACAUUUUAUAUUUUCAGAUGAUUAUUAUGAAAAAAUAAAAAGCAAAAAAAAAAAUACACAUAAGGAAAAAAUAGUCUCUAUAUAUUUUGAGGAAAAUUUUAAUAAAAAAUGUAUGAAAAAAAAAUAUUUUCAAAUUAUGAACAAAUUUAUUAAGUUAUAUAUAGUUACCAUCAAAGAAAAAUAUAUUAAGCAAAAGGUAUUUUGUGAUAAUGAAUUUAUUGAGAUUGGAAAAGUAAUUUUCUUUGUUUUUGAUUUUAUGAUAUUUUAUAUUUCUAAUAGCAUAAAUAUAAAUGAAAAGAAUCAUAUAAAUAUUUUAAAAGAUUUAAAAAAAUUUUACUAUAAUUUAUUUAGUGAUAUAAAUAACAUAUAUGAAUUAAUUAAAAAUAACCAAAAAUUUCAAAAAGAGGUAAAAAAUAAUUUGAUAAGCUUCUCAAAAAAUUAUUUAUUUAUAUAUCAGAAAUUAAAUAGUAAAAUAGAUAAAAAUUAUUUUACUUUUUUCGUUAAUUGUAAUUAUUUAGAGAUAGAUAAAAAAGAAGAUAAUAAAAUAUCAAAACAGAUUUAUGAUAAAUUAAAAAAUUUAACAAUAGAAGAAAUAUUUAAUAGUAAAAUAAGUGAUAAUGAAAUUACUGAAGAUGAUAAUAAGAUUAAAAGAGAUGAUACUAUUAUAAAUGAUGAAGUUGGUGAUAAUGAUGAGGAUAUAAUUAUUUCAAAUAGCUUAUUGCUAGAUUUAUUGGCAGAUGAUAAUUCUAAAAAAAAAGAAAAAAAAAAUGAUUUACAAAAAAAAAAAACACGUAGCAAUUUAUUUUAUGACGUUACUUAUUUAUUAAAACACUUAAAAAUAAAUAUAAAAAAUGAAAGUGCUGAAUCUAUAAUAAAAUCAUUAUAUUAUAUGCUUUAUUCAUUAAUAAUAAUUUCUAAAAAGGUAAAAUUAAUUUCAAAAAAAAUCGAGAGUAUAGAAGAAGAAAAAGAAAAAGAAGAAGAAGAAGAAGAAAAAAAAAAAAAAGAAGAAGAAGAAAAAAAAAAAAAAGAAGAAGAAGAUAAAAGUGAAGUUGAAAAUGUAAAUGAAAAUAAAAGUAAAAAUGAAAAAUCAACUACCUCAAUAUACAUUGAAGAUCUAACAAAUUUAGGAAAAAGCUUAAAGCACAUCUUAUUAUCUUUUAAAGUUAAAAAUAUAAAAAUAAAAGAUUCCAAUAAAUUAGAUAAUAUAAUAAAUAAAUAUUUAUUUAAAAUAAUAAUGAUAAUAAUUAAAGAAAAAAAAAAUAUUGAUAUAAUAAAAAUAUCUAUAAAAUGCUUAGAAUAUUAUAAUAUUAUUGAAAAUAAAAUAAACAGUAAAAAUAAUAAUGUUAUUAAUUAUUUAUUUGAGUUUUUAAAAAUUAUAUUCUUUGUUCCUUAUUUAAAAGUAUAUUAUUCAAAGUAUUUAAAUUUAUUUUUUAAAAGUGCUUUUGUAAGAUAUAUGAAUGUAAAUGAAUUAUUUAAUCAAGUUUAUAAAAAAUACUUCCACCAAAUUAUAAGUAAAUUUUAUGCUGAUUUUAAUAUAUCUGAUUACAUAUAUAAUAAAGUAAAAAUUAAAAAUAUUGAUAUUGUAGUAAAGAAAAAAUUUAUAAAAAAAAUUAUUAACAGUAUAAGGGAAAGUAAUAAAAAUGAAUAUGAAACAGUGAAAGAGACUUAUAAUAAUUAUUUGAAUAAUAUAAAAAAUGAUAAUACAUCACUAAAUUCAUUUAAUUUUAAUGACUUAUUUCAUAUUAUACAAAAUAUUUGCAUCUUUUUUAAUAAAAAAUUAACAGAUAAUAAUGCAUAUGUAUUCAAUAAAAAAGUCAGUUUAAAUUUAUUAGGUAUAUUAAAAAGAAUUAGUAGUAUAUUAUAUAUGAAAGAUGAAAAUUUAGUAAUUUUUAAAGAUGAGCUAAUAAAAAAUUUAGUUGAAGUUCAUAAAUUUCAUAAAUUGUUAGAUGAUGAAUUAUCUAAUCAAAAAAUACAUAUUAAUAUAAAUAGUUUUAAUAAAAAAUUAGUAGCUAUUUUAGAAUCAUUGAAGCCAUUCGAAUUUCUUUUUGAACAAUAUUCUAUAAAUGGAUUAAAUGGAAAUAAUAUCAUCAAAUAUAAAAAAAAAUCAAAUAAAAGAAGUUCAGAAAAAUCUAUACAAAUAAAAAAAAAAAUUAAAAUAUAG